UAACAACACAGGAACGAUAACACACAUACUGUACAGAGAGAGCACUGGACUGUGGGCAACGCCAAAACGCCGCUAGAAAAGUACAUAACGGUGCCGGUAAGGUGAAGUCUACCAUGAGUUUACAGGGUAACGUUAACGGCUCAGAAGUGAGUGUGUUAGCUAAAUGAAGUUUGACAGGCUAACGUCAGGUUUAGCUAGCGGUGUUGGCUACCAGCGCCAGCCUGCCUCUAGCAGCCAGGAUAAGUCAACGGCAGCUUGUGAGAGCCGCUAGCCUUUUGAAGUUGCUCGUUAAAAUAUAGUAACCAGCUGGCUAAUGACGCUAGCUUAUGUUACUUGUUUCGCCGGACAAGUCAAAUGGUAACUAGCUGAGGCUAUAUUUCCGCUUUCUGCUCACUCAGUCUGUUUGGGAAACGACCCCACUGAAGCAAAUGGCUUUUAAUCUUUAAUUGGCCAUUUAAGCUAGCAAUGCGUGCUACAUUAUUUGUGGAUAACGCUAGCUUGCCGGUGUCGGAUUACUGCACUCUGUGGUACGACUGUGCCCUGCCCAGCAGCGUCACUCAUCGCAUUUCGCAUAAUGAGUGAUCAUUAUGUAAAAGUCAAGGUUCAACUCGAGCAAAUGAAGUCUUUUGGUGAGGAUGCCGAGAAGCAGGGUGUGGAUGCCGAGGAGCAGGUGCCGGUGUCUUCUCCCUCUGCUCCUGAUUCACCAGACCCUUCCAGCAUCACCAUACCUGCUACUGAUGCAUCCAGCACUUCCAAACAUAAGGGUAAAAGUCGUAGUAAGCCGGGGAAAGAUGACAAAAACUCUAGUGGCAAACAAAUCUCAGAUCUGUCAUCGCAUGGAUCUGUAGUGUCUGCUCAUGCUGAGAAAAACUUGAACAAACUAGGAUAUGAGCGGACACUUCAAGUCAAGGGAACUGGGAAGAUACUGCAGGGCAAGUUGGAGACCAAUGGCAACUAUGUGAACAUCCAUGCAUCCAAAAACAUUCAAGAAACACGCAGGGAGGACGGAUUCAAACUUGCAAGGAAGAGAAGACCUGUGACAGUGGACACAUCGAAGGCCAAAACCUCGCUAGAGGCUCUGAAGUUAAGCAUCAAGCAGCUCAAGUGGAAAGAGUUUCCUUUGGGAAGACGUGCAGCCUGUGAUAUCUACUGGCAUGGUGUUUCCUUCCAUGACAAUGAAAAUAUCGUCUCAGGGCAGGUCAACAAGUUCCCAGGGAUGAUUGAAAUGCUGAGGAAGAUUAACAUGAGUCGGGCAGUGCGGACUAUGCAGGAGCUGUUCCCAGAAGAAUACGACUUCUAUCCCCGCUCCUGGAUUCUCCCUGAAGAGUACCAGCAGUUUUCCACUCAGAUUCGCAUGGUGAAGGAGAACGAUGCCACAGUGAAUCCGACCUUCAUUGUCAAACCAGAUGGAGGCUCUCAGGGGGACGGCAUCUACCUCAUCCGUGACCCCAGUGACCUAAAGCUCAUGGCGGGUUCUCAGGCCAAACAGUCUGUAGUGCAAGAGUACAUCCAAAAGCCGUUACUCAUCGACAAGCUCAAGUUUGAUAUCCGCCUCUACGUGCUCAUAAAGUCCCUGGAGCCACUGGAGAUCUACAUUGCCAAAGAAGGCCUCACACGCUUUUGCACCGAGCCCUACCAGGAGCCCAGCCAGAAGAAUCUGAGCCACGUUUUCAUGCACCUGACAAACUACUCCCUCAACGUCCACAGCGGUAACUUUGUUCACUCAGACAGCCAGAGCACAGGCAGCAAGCGCACUCUCUCCAGUGUGCUGUACAGGUUGGCAGCUAAAGGUGUAGACAUCAAGAGGGUGUGGUCGGACAUCAUCGCCCUUGUUAUUAAGACUGCCAUCGCUGUGGUGCCUGAACUUAAAGUCUUCUAUCAGGCUGACAUACCGCCUGGAAAACCAGGACCUACAUGCUUCCAGAUAUUGGGCUUUGACAUCCUGCUGAUGAAGAACCUGAAGCCAGUAUUACUAGAGGUCAACUCCAACCCCAGUAUGAGAAUAGAACAUGAGCAAGAAGUGGCACCAGGAGUGUUUGAAUAUGUUCCCAGUCCAGUGGAUGAGGAGGUCAAAGUGGGAGUGAUCAGGGACACUCUGCGCCUUAUGGACCCGGGCCACAAGAAACCGAUAAUUUCCCAUACGAGGGCUGGAGGGUUUGAACAUGGGGAGGAGAUACCCAUGGAAGCAGAGUCACAAGAGAGGAGCCCUGAUGAAAUCGGAUCUCUGCCUUCGCUGUGUCUGAAGCAGGUUUACCCAAAGUACACCAAACAGUUCAACUACCUGCGGCUGGUGGAGAGAAUCGCAGCUUUGUUCAUACGCUUCCUCGGGGUCAAGGGCAACAUGCGUCUGGGUCCAACUGCCUUCCGAACCUUCAUCAGGACCUGUAAACUGAGCAACAGCAACUUCACCAUGGCCUCAGUGGACAUCCUCUACAUAGACAUCACACGUCGCUGGUCGGGAGCGAUGCCCGACUCCAGAGAAGCAGGAAUGGGCCUACAAGCGUUUGUGGAAGCGUUUUUCUACCUGGCAGGUCGCAGGUUCAAAUCCCUGGCACUCAGAGAGCAGGUCGUGUCUCUUCUGGAGCUGUGCGAGGCUCAGCUGGGGCCCCAGUCGGGCGUCGAGGACAGACGAUCUUUGAGCUGCAGCAGGGCGCUGCCACGAGCCAUUAAAGCUCAGACGCUGUGCCUCACCAACCCUCAGCUCAGCUCCCCAGCUCCCCUGCGAAGGGCGGCCAGCCAGGACUACCGGCUGCAUCAAAGACUCAAGCCCCGUACCCUCAGAGCCAACGUGGAGAACUGAUGAGAAGGAACUAGUCAUCCAACCCCCAAACACUGCCUUUAGCCUUCUCAACAGGAGCAGGAAAAUUAGGUGUCCAUCCCUCCUCUGCAGCUCCAGAGAAGGACUAGCUGGACCCCUGCUGGCUGACUCGCAGGAGAACCGGUCUCAGCCUGAUUGCUUUUUCUUCAGAGGAGGAAGAUGUCUGCAGGGGGGUUGGAAUGGAAACAGAACAAGAUAUAAGGAGGUUGGUGCGUUUGCUCCUCUCCUCCUGGCAGGAUCAGACUAUAUGAACAGUGUGGUCCUGUCAGGAGGAAGUUACGGCUGCUUUUAAUAUUCUUACUGAUUCUAGAGGGCAGCUAUUUGCUUCCCUUCACCUUUGUCUGGCAACAUGUACACCCAAAUAAACUUUCUUUUCAGGGAUAACAUUAGAUGCUCCUCUUCAAUAGAUUCUCACACAUCACACAUAAAUACGUGGGUAUAAGGGAGCAUCCUCAGUGUAUUAUAUUCUUGAAUUUGCACAGCAACUCUUUGAACUAUCGCAUUUGCACAGAAAUGGAUGUGACUGAGCAUUUAUGUGCGCGUGUUGUGUAUGUCUGAGUGUGUGUUUAGUUUGUGUUUAGCUCGGCGGUGAAAGCCUAUUGACAGGCGGUGGCUCAGCUGUACAUCCUCCAUGAGCCCAUUAGCAAUGAGUUAAGUGAAAACGUAUUCAAAGAGAAAAGGCCACGCAGCCUCUUUCAGUUCAGCAGCUAUUCCAGUCAGGCAGCCUCAGACCUUCACAUGUUUUUAGGAAGAUUACUUCGUAGCCACACAACUGCCAUGGAGAAUUAAUUGUUUCAGAAGUAAUUGCAUGGCACAAAAUUUCACAAUUUAGAUAGAUGCUUUGUUUCCUAAAUGAGAUUUGGAUAGCUUUUGUUAAUACACUUUAUGUAAUGUGUGACACGGCUGGCAGUUACACAAAAAAUGUUAACCAGUGGUGGAUGCCAAGCAGUCAUUUCAGAUAAUUUACACUACAGUUCUGCAGUACUCAAUGAACUCUGUUUUUUGUGUAGUAUUUACACUAAGAUAGUUCAAUUAAUUUGUGCAAAGAAAGACAAAACACCUGCAGUGUGGGCAGCUGUGAAAAAACAUACAGUGAACUAAACCUGUAAACGAUUUCUGCUAUAAAUACUGUCGGGCUAACAUAUUACCUGCAGUGUGGUUAUGACAAUGUGACGUAGAUGUAUGGGGUUGUUAACACUGGCAGACUAUGUGAAUGAAAUGUAUUGAUAACACUGUCAAAAUAAAAUACAUUUUGCUCUUUGAACUGAA